GCCUCAGCUAACCCGCGCUGUCAGGCGGAUCUGCAAGCUCACGGAAGAGGGGCUGACGGGGAAGGACUUAACCCUUUCCUGGUUCACCAAGCGGAUCCAGCCGCUGCAACACAGGGACCGCCUGAUGUUUGAGUACACAGGGCGCGACGAUCCAAUGCGCGCCACCAAAGAUAACCUUUCGGCCGACGCUCUCGACAAAAGGAUCCGGGUGCUCAUCAAGAUUUCACGUGAACUCCAUGUUCACGUGUGUAACAAAGACAUCCAUACAAAUGGAUCCGGAACUGCGGUACGUUGCCUUGACUUUGGUCUACUGUUUUUCUUCACUUUCUUCAUCUAAGUGUUUAACUUUGUACUAGCUCGAUGCGCUUGAGGAAAAUGAACUCGGAACUCUCCUCCGAGUCCCAUCCAGCAGCAACAUGGACCCGGAAGCCGCAUCGGAGGCGGAAGCUCCCGAGGCUUCCCGCCCCGCUAAGAGGAAGAAGCCGGCACCUUCCAGCCCUCGUGCAAAGCGUGCCCGCGAAGUGCUCAGCACUGCGGCUACCCGGAAAUUGGAGGCGGAAAAGAAACGCCUCUCGCUAAUUAACACCAGCAACAGAGGACAGCCCGCUUCCCAGCACUUCUUCAAACCCUCCGGGUAAACGUUCACUUCCGAGACCCAAGUCCUGUUUCAACGCUCGCUCUUAUACUUGUAUGUUUCUUACUGAAGCUCCGGAAGCCAGCCCCCCAAGGCCCCGAAGACCCUUAGGAAAACCAAGCCAUCUCCGGCUCCCGUUCCUAUUACUCCUGAUGCUGGAGUUCCGCCUAAAGCUUCAUCCACCUCUAAGCCGGAUCCAAAGGACAUCAUUAACGUUGAUGACCUUCCUGAAGACCCCGCUCAUCAUGGCGACUACGCCAAGGGGACCUCCUCACCGAUUCCUCCGCCAGAUCAACCAAGCUCCGCGUUCGCGGAGCCCACUGAAGAGGAACAGGAGCAAAAGGUUAAGCUCCUUCAAGUGACCAACGCGACUCGAGUCCACCUCCAACCAACUCCGUCCUUUCAGAAGCUCACCCUUUCACAGCGUCACGCGGAAGUUUCCGCCAUGUUGAAUAAAGUGUGGGGUAAACCGGACGAGGAGGUGCGUGAACUCGCCGACCUGGAAGUCAGCCUGAAGGAUUUUUUCGCCAAGCACAGGGAAGUGCGGCAGACCACGCGGAAACUGCACGAGGACCUGCGCGUACAUGUGCUGGAGCAGAUCACGGAGAUCGAGGGGCUGCGCCAGAACGCGGAAAAUGGCCAAAAGGCUAUCCAGCUGCUUGAGACCCGCCUUCAAGAAGAAACUGCCAAGCACUCCAAGUUUGACGAGCUGUCCGCUAGGGUCCAGGUGCUGGAGGCGGAAAAUGAAUCCCUCAAAGACUUUGUGAAGACAUCCGCCUCUCAGGAACACCAAGCGAGGAGGGAGCUGCGCGAAAAACAUGCCCGCGACCUGGCGGAGCUGAAUGAAAAACUGGAGAAAAGCCAGGGCCGCGUGAUUUCCGUGAUAUCCAAGAACAAAGCUCUGGAAGCGGAGGCGGAGGCCAUUGACAAACUUAUCUUCCGUAAGCGUUUUCCGUGUUUUUGCUCCGACCAUCUCGCAAGCUUUGUCUCUAACGGAACUGCUUCUUCUUCCACAGCGAGCCUUGGCUUCGAAUGGACAAAAGACUCAAACCUUACGAGGACGGAGGCAUACGAUGAAGCGCGUAUAUCAAUUGACAAGUUAUUGGAAGCCUGUCGCGGAAUCGCCACGGCUCUGUCUCUGAAGAAGGCUAAAACCACAGUCAUCGAUACGAUGACCAAACUUAUGGGACUGGUGCCGGAGUUCAUCAAGGACUGGCAGAGGUCUUCAGCACGCGGAGUCGCCUCCCUAGUCUUGGCCACAUGCAAGGCUCACUUCCCCUCGCUUAACCUGGCGACUGUUGCACGCGGAGCCCCCCAGGGUUCCGACAUGGGCGCCCUCCUCGCGGAAACCGAAGGAUACGAACAGCUGUUUGUCAGGCGAGUGGAUCACUCGUUCUGGUAUAACAAGCACGAUCUACCCGAGGGAUUUUCCGAUGCUGAGGAAGAAGCAGGUGAACCGGAGUAUUACGGGGAAGGAUCCGGGUCAAGCGGCGAGCAUUCCGGAGAGGGCUCUGGUGGCGGCUCCGAAGCCGGAUCUGGUGACAGUGAUGAUGGCUCCAACUACCAGCAGUCUGAGGAGGAGGACUCCGAGUAGAACUCCUGUUUAAAACAAUGAAACAAGUUGCAUCAUUUUGGCCCCAGAGUGGGUUUGUA